AUGAUUCUAUGGAGGUGCAAUGCAGUACCAGCACGCUUUCACUCAGCUGACAGGAAAAGACUAAGAUUAUGGCAAAGUUCGGAAACUGCCCAAGCAUCAUCCCAGGACACUGCACAAAGCUGGCAAACCACAUGGCUGUCAACCUCAUCCCAAGUAACAGAGACGAUGGAGCAUGUUAGACUGUCGCAAAGAAGCGCAGACACUGACGUCGAUGACGAUCAACAUGACUUGGCAAUACCACGUGAACGGAACGAAUUCCCUGUCACGUCCAACAGAGGGGGCUGCUGUUCCUCCAAGAUGAUGAAAGUUGCCGUUGGAGUUGUUCUAGCGGGAUUGAUCGGUUUUGCUGUAUUUGACAGUAUGACAACUAAACGCAUUCCGGACAUGACAAAGCGGAUGCUAAAAUGGUGCGAGGAAAACCCAUUGGAGGGAGCUAUCAUCUAUUCGGUGUUCUUCAUCAUUGGGGUAGUAUUGUUCUUUCCGGGAACUGUGCUCGUCUUGGGUUCAGGUUUUAUCUUUAGUCAUGUCUAUGGAUUUGGGAUCGGUGUAGCAGUUGCAAUCUUCGUUUCUAUAGUUGGAGCCAGUACAGGUAGCAUAAUUUCUUUCUGGUUGGGAAGAUACCUAUUUAGGGACUGCUUAGCUCCCUCGGUGCAAAAAUACAAGCUUCUAAAAGUCCUUGACAAGGCUAUGGACCAACAUGGUUUUCGAAUCAUGGCACUUUUGCACAUGAAUCCAGUAAUUCCUUUUUCGAUCCUUAACUACGUUGCUGGUGUCACGUCUAUAAGCGGGAAGAACUAUUAUCUUGCUGUUGUGGGAACAUUUCCUGGACUUAUAUUAUAUUGCUUUCUUGGAGCCUCGGCACAAGACAUAGAGGGGCUGGAACAAGCAGGCAAGGACAAGACAGCCUCGAUAAUUACAAUUGUAGUGGGUCUAAUCGCUGGAUUUGGUGUUGUGUGGUUCAUCACAAAUUAUGCCAAGAAGGAAUUGGAAGUAUUGGAAGCCCAAUAUGCUCUAGUGGAAGAUGGUGCAGGCGGCUGUGUUCGCUCAGCUGCUGCUGUAUCAGCCGAUGGAAUGGAAACUUUUUACGAUAGGGAAGGAGGGAGGAGUAACAUUGAGGUUGUAGAGCACAAAAGUCAUGAUGAAAACGUCAUACCGGCGAUGGUUCAAUUUCAUUGA